AAGGAACCUCCAGAUGAUCCCUUAAUGCAGCCGGUUAGGCUAUCAUGUGUGGCAAAGCGUUCACGAGUUAACACAACCAGGAGGCGGCAUUUGGGCUAGUUGUGUUCAUAUUGCAUUUGGUGGUGCUCCGAAGAUAUAUCCGCAACUAUGACGAAGCACGAGUUUUUUGUCGAUAUGACCUGUGAGGGCUGUUCUGGAGCCGUCACACGCGUUCUCACAAAACUGGAUGUCAAGUUUGAUAUAGAUCUCCCUAACAAGAAGGUGUUCAUCGACUCUGACAAGGACACAGACGUCCUUCUGGAAACAUUGAAGAAGACUGGGAAAGCUGUCAACUACAUCGGCCCAAAAUAAACCUGAUAUGCUUCCCCCAGUUGCUAUGAGUACAGAUAGUCUUUUCCUUUUCCUCACUGUUGAUUGAUGAUGCUGAAUAACCAGUUGGAGCUCUUUCAUGAUGACACAGGAAGAAGGCUAGUCACACCACAGGGGACCACUCAGAGUUCUUGCACGCUGUAUGUUUUUUUUUUUUUUUUUUUUUUUUUUUUAAAUGGGAGAUUAGAUGGAAAGGAGAAUGGGUUUAAGACAAUUGUAGGAAGUUUUGUUAUGUCUGAAAUGUUUGUCUUUGUCUUUAAAUAGAUCCUCUAAUCAAGAAACAAAAUCAAUCACAGCACUCUGAAAAUGUAACAAUUAUAAUGUUAGCCGACAUAAAAAUUAACUGAUUCCACUUA